GGACGACAUAUAAGACGAUUGCCCAGACAGGAAGGACGUCCUUUGAACGAAAAUGAUAUUCAAUCAGUGAUGCAACAUUCGAAUGUAAUCGGUGUACUUGCAUAUACCGCUCCUCAAUCGGGAUGCAAAUAUCCAACAGAUUGGACAUCGCUCGAAUAUAGCCAUGCAAAUGCGCUUGUUUGGGUCGGCGGUGAUAUGUUUAAUCAAACAACCUCUGCAAAUGAUCCAUUAUUCUUUCUUCAUCAUGCUUUUGUAGAUAGCAUUUGGGAAUAUUGGAGAAAACAUCGACAAAGUCGAGAUGCAAGAUCGAAAAGCUAUCCGCCGGAUUUGUCAGAAUGUAGUAGUGAAAAUCAUUUUGCGCAAAAUCUCAUGCGACCGUUUGAACCAUUGAGAAAUAUCGAUGGAAUAAGCAAUAAUUACAAUGAAAGAUUGUAUCGAUAUGCGCAACGACCUGUAUGUCAUGGAGGUCAAGACGAGCAAUGUGGAAGCGAAUUCCUAUUCUGUGAUUUAUCACAUGGGUACGCUCGAUGUUCCACAAAAAUACGUCUGGGUGGCAAUUGUGACAGUUACACACAUCGGGAGAAUCCGUGCCACAAUGGUUUUUGCCUAUCCGGAAGAUGUAUUAAAAGCGCAUCAACAGAGCGAAAUCAUAUGAAACAAAUGAGAAGUGUAGAAGGCAUAACUGUAGAACCCGCAGAAACAUUAAUUACAACAACCUCAAUAACAAAUGUUGAAAAGGAGCAAUGCUAUAAUGGUCAUGAAUGUUGUUCAGUUUGGGCCAAUAGAGGUGAAUGUAGAACAAAUGAAAAAAUGAUGCUUGAUUGGUGUCCUGUGUCCUGUCAUAAGUGUAUCCCACAGUAUAAUAUUGAUUUUGAAUGUUCUGAUCGACACUUACUUUGUCCGAUAUGGGCUGCUCAAGAUGAGUGCCAUAAAAAUCAGCUUUGGAUGGAUGAAAAUUGUCGAUUGAGUUGUCAACAAUGUCAUAAAUCGCGAGCGGACAUUUGUCCAUGA